AACCCCCCCUCUCUCUCUCUCUCUCUCUCUCUCUCUUUCUCUCUCUCGAUUUCUUUCAACCAAUCGUCUAAAGGAAGCUCUGCAACAAUAGGCUUGAAGGGGCUUUCUUUGGCUUUCUGUUACAAUUACUACAUGUAAUUUUCCCGGGAAACAAACAAAAAAGAAACCAAUUUUUCGUACAUUUAUGCAAUUCAUAAGUCCAGUGCCACCCCCACCACCAGAAUGCUCAACAUUUCAGUUAUCACUAAAGAAGAUGAGUAGCAGUAGAGCAGAACCAAAGGGCAAGAGAGGCAGCGAGGGCUCUGGAGGAGGAGGGUUCCAUAGGGUUCAGGCGGAGCGUGACCUCGCGUCAAAUUGGGAGGUGGAUCUUACUCAGAAGCUUGAAGAAUAUUUGAUAAAGAUUUGCUCCGGUGAAAUACCCAACGAAGCUGACGGUCUAUCUCCGGUUAAUUUCGCCGAAGCCGCUUUGCUGCUUCAGGGUUCGGUUCAGGUGUACGGUCGGAAAGUUGAAUAUCUCUAUGCGUUGGUUUUGCGUGCUUUGGAGUUCCUUUCUCAAAGGCAGCAAGAACAAUUAGAAGGGGCAUCUGUCCAGGCUCAAGAAAAUGGUGGUCCUCAAUCAGCUUCUGCUGACAAAAAUGAUUUGUUUUGGGGCUUAGAUGACAUCCCAGUUGAAGCAAACAUUCGCUUAGAUAGUCUAUCAGAAAAAGAUGUUCGUUUGAAAUACUUGGCGAAGCCCCCAGCAAACUUAGAUGUACGUGAAGGUGAUUGCUUAGAUAGUAGCGGUGAUGCAGGGGAAUUAGAGUCGUAUCUGUUAGCCACCAGUGAUCUCUACAGGGGCUUCAUACUGUUAGAUCCACGUGAUGCAGUAGCAGUACCUGAAGACUUAGAUGGGGAUAAACCUAGCAAGGGGCAGAAUAGUGCUUACAGGAGCAGCUCAAAAGUCUCAAAUCGCAAAAGCAAUCAGUCACCUACUAGACGUUCUGGAGGAACUGCAUUUAAGUCACCUCUUGGAAAAAGCCAGGAUGCUAGUGCCAAUCAAUCUUCUUGGGUUGAGGUUAAUAAUGGCAACAUUGGGCAUGAUUUUUCUACUUACAGUAAGUUUUUUGAUAGCGAUCAUGGAUUUGAUAUGGACGAUAGAGAUUCAGAACCUGGGGAGAUUGAUGGUUCGGACAGUGAAGAUGAUCCAUGGAAGCCUUUGAAUCCCCACGAGCCCGGAACCUUGAGAAUCAAACCAUUUAGGAAAGCAGUUCAAGCUCUUAAAAGGAAUGUGAUUAACACUAUUAAGCCGGUCUCUGUGGCUACAUUGUUUCCUCCUGCGAGAUUGCAUGGUCCUAUUAGUCCUGAGCUCAGAAAAAUCUGGGAGAUGCGACGUCAUGAACAUGAAAGACCAAGCAAAUCCGAGUCUCCUUCAUUAUAUGAAAGGCUGCGACAAUCACUCACUGAUGAUGGAUAUGAAACUUUUAAUCCCUUUCUAAAUCCUGAGGAUGGCAAUGAGGACUAUGAAAAUGAAACUGGGAUGCCUAAUUUUGAUCAACAUGAUGAUGACAUGCCAGAGAACAUCUACAUGGAUAAAGAUGUACCUUUUGACAAUAAAAUGCAUGAUGAUGAUGGUGCUAACUUUGGUACUGAUGAAGCUUUCGGCCAUGAAGGUCCAAAUCCUCAUACAAACCUUGAAGAUUUAUGUCGCUCUCACCUAGAUGCUCUCCUUGCUAGCAUAGCUGAAACUGAGAAGCAGAGUGAAUUGGUUGCUCGGGUUUCAACAUGGAAACAGAAAAUUGAGCACAACUUGGAAGAGCAAGAAACACACCCUGCAUUUGAUAUUCAUGAUUAUGGUGAAAGAAUUCUUGAAAAACUAUCCUUUGAAGCAGAGGAUACAAAUAUCUUGCCUUUUACUGAUGUUGUGAAAGGCCAAGAAAAGUAUGAUGUGGCUCGAAGCUUUUCUGCACUUCUGCAACUGGUGAACAAUGGAAAUGUCAAGUUGGAUAGGAGUGGGGUGGACGACAAGUCUUUUUGUUACACUUCUGAACACCCUUUCCACGUUCGGCUUCUUAGCCAUGACAGCAGACAGAAGAAAGCUGAAUUAAAGACGGCGAGAAAGAGAAAGGUGCUUGGAUGAAAUCCACCUGUCUGGUUUCAUGUAUAGAAAAUAAUCUUAGAUGCUAAGAAAAUGUUAGAAUCUUGGGGGAAAAAAUUCUAUAGAAAAUACCAUAUUAUUCAUGCUCUGUUGUCUACAUAUUGAGUUGGAUAGCAGCGGGGCGGAUGGCAAGUUUGUUACGCAGCUGUAAACCCUUUCAAUCAUGUUCAAAAAGACAAAAAUGAUAAAUGAGUAUCAUAUUCCCAAUGAUUUUUCAUAUGCUCGCGAAUGAUUAAAUAUUCUCAAAAUACUAAUAUUGCAAAAUUAGGAAUAAUGGAGAUGCUAAGCAAGAAGUAGGUGGGUGCUAAGAAGUAGCAAGAGUUAAUAAAAAUGCACCAAUCAUCCAACAUUGGGUUCCCAUUUUACAUGCUUACAAUUUAAAUGAUGUCAUUUCCAUCCAAUUUCAAUCAAAAUUAGUUGAACAGCGUGGACUUUCAAACAUGAAAUUGGAGUGGAUGGUCUCUAAAUCUAACGUGUCACAAAUACAAUUUUAAUUUAAGUCAAUGUCAACCUUUGGGUUUUACUUGCUCCAUCUCUCUUCUUGCGAGGCAAAGGCACUAAAGAAAGAAAUAAUGUGAAGCUUUCGCAGAGUAAAGAGAUUCUGUUUUUUAGCACCCAACAAUAAAAAAGAUUUCUGCCAAACCGUGUGGGGUAGAGAGGUACUCUAUGCUGUUUGCUUCUUGAGAUGGGACCCUCAAGUAAGACUUUUUUGAUGGCUUUGCUUCCCUUUGUUCGUAUUCCUACUUAUGCAUGGCUUUUUAGUUUACCAACGAAAAGUUGUCAUCUUCCACCAUGAGAUUGUGGAUUAGUCUGAAAAUGAACAAAUUGGUCAAAUUAAGCACUAACUCAAGCGCAGCCUAAACCAAAGUCUUUCUUUUUUUUUCUUUUUUUUUUCUUUUUUCUUCGCCGUGAUUUGUUUAGAGACUAAUGAAUCAAUAGGAUACUUGCUCAAGUAACCUUAGCUCCUGGGUUGGCCUCCAUUUGGUCAUAAAAUCUUUCUUUGUGCCACUGCCACCUCAUCUGUAAUUUCUGGUCCCAACAUAAGUCAAUAUCCGAGGGGAAAAAAAAAAAAAAGAAUCCAAAGGUUCACAUUCAUUCUAAACCAUAUAAAAUUACAUUAAUUUUCAAACUAUUCCACUUAAUUUGAAAGAAUAGUUCCUUCCCUGGAGGAUAGGGGACCUUCAAUUUGACUGACAGACAAGUAACCUUGUGGCAAGUAAAAAAGUUGAAAAAAAAAAAAUAAUAAUAAAAAUAACUUGGAAUUUGAAAGCGCGUUCUUCUUUUAUGUGUUUUCGUUUUCUUUUGUCUUUAUCCUUUUCCUAGAUUCUAAUGGUAAAUACCAAAACUGUAGAAGAAAGCGUGUAAAUAUCAGUAAAUCUAGGAAAUAUGUAGACAGCUAUGGAUCAUUACUUUUUCUUUUCCAUCAAAACCCCAUUAAAGGAGCAACAUAUUUGCACCUUCUAUGGAAAAGUCUUCUGUUUUUCUCAUCCUCCUCCUGAUCCCAAAAGUACAACCAUUAUAUAAAUAAUGUAAUUUUUUGUAACAACAUAACCGGUUCAUAUCCAGACAGCUACAAACAAAUUUCCCAUCAACAGGAAUGCAAUAAACUGUGUUAAAUAUGUCUUCUCACACUUUCAAUAACUGUUUAGGUUUACAUGAACUUUAAAGGUGGAUUGAAUCUAAACCAGAAACCCAUACAAGAUUCAUAAUAAUCAUGUUUUUAAUAUAAGAGAGUAGCUGAAAAUUAUAAUUAUUCAGUUUAGACAUGAUUGAACCCAAAACCUAAAAUUUAACACAAAGUAGCUGAAUAGUCUUGCUUGUAACUUUUUUUUUUUUUUUUGACAAAAUAUUGAUUGUAACUUGAUUAAAUGAAAUUUGGAAUUUUGGAGGUGGCUUGACAAAGAAUACUUGAGAAGACUUUGAAAGCUAAUGUACCUGCUGACUGCAUUAAUCAGCAUUGGAGGCUCUUGAAUCCUCCUGACUUUACCCAAACUCUGCUCACAUUCAAUGCUAUGUCAACUUUGCAAACCCACAAAACAGUAACAUACCAACUAUUCCUUACUGCCCACAGAAGUAAUGUCUUGGCGUGCCUGACCAAAACUUCCCAAUUUCUCAUUUUCUGUCACACUUUCUUCUCUCAAGUAUUUGAAAAUGAACCAGUUGGAGCAAUUUGAUGCACAGUUUUAGAUUUCAAAAUAAACUGAAGCAUGGAUAAAUUAAAUUUGACAAUUUUUUGGCUAUAAAAUAUGAAUUUCUAAAUAAACCCAACCGACAUAUAUCUUGUUAAACAAAUGUAAUAAUAACAAACAAGGAAAGACCAUAAAUAAUAGAGGGUAUAAAUUAUUAUUCGAAGAUCCUUCUCAAAUUUUUUUUUUUUGGGGUAAUUAAUUAUUUUUAUUUUUUCUCUAAAUUAUUAUUUAUUACACUUGCUAUCACGUCAAUUGGAUAACCACUAUUCAUGCACAAGUUGUUGAUACCGGAACAAUCAAUAUAAAAAGACAUAAUUCUAUUUCCAAGUUGCCCAGCACGCCAAAAUCGAAUUUCUUUUUUCCUUUAUACAAUAAUAGUAGUAAUUUCAAAAAAAAAAAAAAAACAAACACAA